AUGAAGCCCACUGUUGACGAGAGGUUCCCCAAGGGCGCAGGGCCCUACGUGGACCUAGACAAGGCUGGAGGAAGCACCGGGUUCCUGAUGGAUUUUGCAGCCAAUAAAAAGGCAGUUCAUGCAGACUUCUUUAAUGAUUUUGAAGAUCUCUUUGAUGAUGACGAUGUCCAGUGAGAUUGUCCAAUUGCUCCAUGACACACAUUUGUGAUGUGUCAUGCCAAACAGCUCAAGACAAGGUCAAAUGUUUAUGGAAACCAUGUGGGAAAGACUCAUAACUAUGACCUCUUCAACUGAGGGAGGAGGAUUGUCUGAAGCA